CAGCUGGUAGACUUUUCUGUACAUUCACAUUGUGUAUGUUUAGAAUUAGAGUUUGACCACACAGAGCCAGCGGGCAGGCGGAUUUCUACAAAAGCGAAAAGGAAGAAUGACUUGGGACACGGAAUAGCAGAUCGAUAUUUCUCGAGGGCCUUAACACUUUCAUGAUCUAAAACAAACUGGUGUGCUGGUGGUAAAGAUACUGUGGAACCUCUCUGUGAGUGUUCUUUGUCUGGUACAUUUCUCAGCCAUGGAGCCAUCUCUGACCGGCAACCCAGCCACCGCAAAACUCAGCCCCUCCUCCCCCUCUACCCUGAGGCCAGGCCCUUCAUCUUCCAGCUUGUCUUCGACCGCAACCACACACACCUCAGACCACACCAGGCCCAAAAUCACGAUGCCAACCUCUCCAACAACACCCUCAUCUGCCCUCUCCACCGCCUCCCCUCGGACUUCUCCAGGUCUCUCCUCCCGUUCUUCCUCCCUGUCUACACCGCCCUCCUCCGCUCUCAGUCAGCCCAUCAGGAGCCCCUCUCAGGUGGGCAGAUCUCAGCUUAAUGCAGCCUCUCCAGAAUAUCCACCAGCUCGCUCCACAGUUGCUGCCACGGCUCCUCAGCCUCCUCCCACACCAGAACCAGAAGAGCCAGAGGAGGAAGUCAGUCUGGAGGAUUGGGAGGAGAGAGCAAAGUCAGGAGAAGCAAAAGCACAGACCAAGAUGGGCCGUUACUUCCUGGCGCUGGCAGAGGAAAGAGAUGAGGAGCUGAACAACUGCACAGCGGUCACUUGGUUGGUCCAGGCGGCUAAACAAGGACGCAAGGACGCUGUCAAUUCUCUGCAGCAGUGCUUAGGCUCCAGGAAAGGCAUCACUCUGGAGAACUUUGAGGAGGUGAAGAAGUUGUGUACAGAGACGCGCUUUGAGAGAGGAGUCAGGAAAGCAGCUCUGCUAAUGUACUGGAAGUUGAACCCGGAGAGGAAGAAGUCGGUGGCUGUUUCUGAAAUGCUAGAGAAUGUCGAACAUGUCCACACGGAACCGGGCAAACCAGUGUCUCCGGGCCCACUAAACAGCUCUGCCAAGAAACAGAGAAGAGUCUUGGAGACUAUGGUCACCAGUGAAGCCAGAUGCCAAGUGGGUCUGGAUGACUUUGUGGAGAUGACAAAGAAGUACGCUCAGGGUGUUGCACCGCCACCAGUCAUGGCUACAGUAGGAGAUGAUGAUGAUGACGACGACGAUGACGAUGUAGUAGUGAAGAAUCCAGAUGAACUGCCCUUACACCUAAAGCUGCUGAAGUUCCCUCUGUUCGCUCUGCUGGAGAUCAAGGAGCACCUGAUCGACUGGGCGUCCCGGGCCGGCAUGCAGUGGCUCAGCGCUCUGAUCCCCACGCACCACGUCAACGCACUCAUCUUCUUCUUCAUCAUCUCCAACCUCACGAUAGAGUUCUUCAUCUUCCUCAUCCCUCUGCUGGUUUUCUACCUGUCGUUCUUCUCCAUGGUCAUCUGCACGCUGCGGGUGUUUCAGAAUUCAAAAGCAUGGGAAAACUUUCGGGCGCUGACCGACCUGCUGUCUCACUUUGAACCCGGCCUUGAUCUGGAGCAGGCGGAGACCAACUUUGGAUGGACACACUUGGAGCCUUAUCUGUACUUCCUGCUCUCUGUGAUCUUCGUGGUUUUCUCUUUCCCUGUUGCUGAUAAAUCCUGGAUCCCCUGCUCAGAGUUGGCUGCUGUCGCCCUCUUCUUCACCUUCACCGCCUUCCUCAGCCUGCAGGCCUCCGCUCAGCUGUUCGCUCGCAGAGCCCUCCUCACUGAGGUCCUCUCCGGAGCCUGCUCCCUCACUCCCUUCCUGCCAGACUCCAUUCCCUGGUUCAUCAAGAUGUUUGGGAUGACGUUCAUCACUGUGCCUCUUGGGGAUGUAGUAGUGCUGAACCUUGGGGUGCCAUGUCUGCUAUAUGGACACCUCUUCUAUCUGCUCUUCCGUAUGGCCCAGAUGCGAGGCUUUAAGGGAACCUACCUGUGCCUGGUGCCCUACAUGGUUUGCUUCACCUGGUGUGAGCUCAGCAUGGUGUUCCUUCAAAACGCCACCGCAAUAGGACUCAUCCGCACCUGUGUUGGCUACUUCCUCUUCCUGUUCGCCCUUCCCAUUCUCUCACUAGGCCUGGCUGCAAUGCUCCUCAUCCAGUUAGUACAGUGGUUUCUUGCCCUGGAGGUGACCAAGAUGGUGGUAACCUUGACAAUCUGCUUUGUGCCAGUAGUGCUGAGGCUUUGGACUCGUUUUAGCCUCAACCCCAUCGUGGUUUUACGGUCUUUAUCACGGAGCAGCGUUGUGAAGCUUAUCCUGGUGUGGCUCAGUGCGGUGGUUCUGUUCUGCUGGAUGUACGUCUACAGGUCUGAAGGCAUGAAGGUUUAUAACUCCACCCUGACGUGGCCUGAGUACAGCAGCCUUUGCGGCCCGAUGGCCUGGAAAGACGCCAACAUGGCCCAAACUCAGAUCCUCUGCUCUCACCUCGAAGGACACCGUGUCACCUGGACUGGACGCUUCAAAUACGUCCGUGUGACCGACAUCGAGAAUGGGCCGCAGUCGGUUGUGAACCUGCUGCCUGUUUUUGUGGGGAACUGGAUGCGCUGCCUGUACGGAGACCCCUAUCCUUUGUGUGAGGAGGUGAAAAACGAGACAGCUGAGCCCCAGCCUCUGCCAGCCCCCGCACCUCCUGCAGAAAAUCCCCUCUGUAAACUUAAAAAACUGGCCAAGCACGAAUGUCACAUUAAACGUUUUGAUCGAUACAAAUUCGAAGUGACAAUGGGCAUGCCACUGGAGAGGAAGACCAGAAACGGGACAAUCAUAGAGGACGAAGAUGCCACAAAGGAUAUAGUUCUGCGGGCUAGUAAUGAGUUCAAAUCUAUGCUGAUAUACUUAAAAACAGGUAGCCUGGUGGAGUUCAGCACCAUACUGGAGGGCCGUUUGGGCUCCAAGUGGCCCGUGUUUGAACUCAAAGCCAUCAACUGCAUGUCCUGCGGGGACGCCCGUCUGCCCAGUCGCAGGCAGUACAAGAUCGAACACGACUGGAGGCGCACGGCUCAGAACGCCCUGCAGUUUGGUUUUGAUUUCUUCUUCAACCCCUUCCUGACUGCUAGGCUAGAGCAACACUCAGAAACAGAGACUGAGAUAGAGACGGUGACACAGGAGGGGGGGUAGAGAUCUGUCUGACACCUAUUGGAGAAAUAGGAUACCUGAUAAUGACUGAUAAUUAUACGAGUUGAAGAACAUUAAGGAUUGUAAAUCAAUGUCAACAUGUUACCCAGACAUCUGUGGUAUCAGUCCUGAUCUUUAGAGAUUGUGUGUUUGCAUUAGCUUUUGAGCCAAAAUAUGUGAGAACACAUAAUAUUAUGUAAGUAAUUAUACAAAAGGGGGGAAACACAAAUGAAUACGAUUUUUCAAAAUCAGUAAUUCACUGCCUAACACUAACAAAACACCAUAUCCGCCUCCUCAGCUGUGGUCAGUUAUACAUUUCAUCAAUUAGAAGCUACGUUGCUCACUACAGUCCGUUAAUGAAGACAUUUCAUCAGAUUUUGUUUGUUUGUAGUAGAACACUAUGUGUGCUGAAGCAUUCUUAUGUACAGUAAUCAAAUAUUUGUAGCCAAACACAUUAGUAUUUUGUGGAGGCGUACAAGUAGAAGAAAGAUUUCCUCUAUAAUAGGUUGUUAUAAUGAUGACAACGUGUAAGGGUCUUCUUUGCUGUCAAGCUUUAAUCAUUUAACAUAUACUCUAUGUGCAGUAUUUUAUUGUACUGGGCAAUAUUUCCAAGUGCCUUACAAGAGAUAGCAGCACAUGUAAAUGAAUUUGGAAGAAAUUGGACUAAUUCAUGUCUUAGAUCCUUAACCUUUAAGCUCAGCUCCAUCUUUUAAUUAUUAAGUUAAUCUCUGCCCUCUCCUCUUCCUCCUUGUUUGUCCUUAUCUGCUGUGCAGAGAUUUAAUAUAUUGAACAUUUGCAGUCCUGAGUGCUGUGUUUUAAGUUAGGAUGUCACUGCUGUUUUCUUUACUGUGAUCAUAAAUAUAAUGAAAACA